AUCAUCAUUAUGAAAACAUCGACUCUCGCUAUGUUACAUGCCUAUGUCUGUGUGUCGCAUGUCACCUAAAACGCUGCCAUGUGCAUGUCGCCGCGGAAUACAGGUUACUGUGAGACCGGGCUCACGCCGCCUCCGUCAGUGGCUCAUCGAGCAGGUCCACAGCCGCUCGUACCCGGGUCUUUCCUGGGAAGAUGAAGCCGCAACCAUGUUCCGCAUACCCUGGAAGCAUGCCGGAAAGCAGGAUUAUAACCAAGACGUGGACGCCUCCAUAUUCAAGGCUUGGGCCAUGUACAAAGGUAAGUUUAAGGAGGGGGACAAGGCUGAGCCAGCUACCUGGAAGACCAGGCUGCGCUGUGCCUUGAACAAAAGCCCCGACUUUGAAGAGGUGAGCGACCGGACUCAGCUGGACAUAUCGGAGCCCUACAAGGUGUACAGGAUCAUCUCAGAAGAGGAGCAACGAUGCAGAAACUCGGCUAAUCUGAGGGACGGCUUGUGUGCGGAGGUUACGGAGGUUACGGAGGUUACAGACAUGCAGCGCAGCCCAUCAGAGCUGCAGGAGCUCAUGGAGGAGUCUUCUGAGGAUUAUGUGGGCAUCCUGACAGGGAGCCCCUCACCAGCCUGGGACUCAAGUGCCAUCCUGCCCAGUGAAGACCGCAGCCCACCUCACUUGUCCCUACUACCUCCUAUCUCCAUGCCACCUUUUGAUGAAGCCUCAUCAGCAGUCACCAUCACCUUCUUCUAUGGGGGGCGGGUGGCAGGCAGGACGUUGUGCAGCCACCCGGAGGGCUGCCGCAUCACCCCCACGCUGGAGAAGCCACCCCUGAGUUCUGGCAGCCUGCAGAAUAUUAGCUUCCCCCCCGUCGACGGCAUCGAGGUCGAGCGGCAGCGCCGCCUCACCCAGAAGCUCUUCGGGUACCUGGAGCAGGGCGUGUUGCUGCAGGCCUGUAAGGGGGGCAUCUUCAUCAAGCGUCUGUGCCUCAGCCGCAUCUUCUGGAGCAGCGCUUACGCACAGGGGGACCCCGGGCCUGGCAAGCUGAAGCGGGACACCGUGCUCAAGAUCUUCGACACCAACCAGUUUCUGCAAGCAUUGCAGGCCUUCCGGGACGGCCUGUACCCCCCGCCGGACCCCACCGUCACCCUGUGCUUUGGAGAAGAGCUUCAUGAUGUCAGCAGUGCCAAGAGCAAGCUGAUUGUGAUUCAGAUCACGCCCAUGAACUGCCAACAGCUACUGGACGCUGUCAGCAGCCACAGGUCCUUACAGGGCAGCGGAAACCCAGAGCUUCCACCAGAGAUCCAUAGUGAGCAGAACGCACACAUCUUCCAAGACCUGUGUGCCUACGGCGUGCCGCAGCCGUGCAUCUGGGAGCACCAGCCAAUCACAGUGUGAGCGUGGCGUAACCUGCCAGAAGACGCCAGGGUGACCCAGGAGCUCCACAAGACUCUUCUCCCUCAACCUGUAAUUAAAGCUAUUGAUAAAACUAAUAUAUUGUGAAAAGCUUAAUACAAUUGUCAAAAGAUUGUGUAAUGACCAGCCACACAUGUUACAAUAAAACCUUUAUUUUCUUUA